GUUCGUUUUCUUACCUCUAAGGCGGCUACGCCGGCUUUGUCCUUAAGGCGGCGCCAUUUGGAGCUCCCUUCGCGGAGGUAGGGUUUAAAAAGCAGGUAGGGAACAGGAAGGGCUAUCGCGGACUAUGGGAAAGGCGCUACUGCGCGCCUUUUGAUCUUUCUCGGGAACGGAGAAAAGCGACCCUCUGAAGGCACCAAGCCCGCGGCUAAACUUGGAAGCCGGGGAGUCUCCUGCCGCUGCUGGUCCCUCCAACGUGGAAGUAUCGCUUGCCGCACCGGCUCCUUCUUGCCUCCUGAAAAAAGACUUCGCUGGUAGCCGCCGGGCGCUCUCUUCUUGGAGCCGGGAAGGAGCCAAGCGGCACCGUCGAAAGCAGCCCCAUCGCUGACGCCGCAGUGGGCUUUGGGGCUCUGCCGCCCCAGCAGAGAGGCGUGGGAGGGAACCCUCCGACCAUUCAGUGCUGGAGGAAUCCCGAGAGAGCCCUUCCCAUGGAGGGGGAGGAAGUGCGGCGAGCGAAGCAAGGGAGCCGGGAAAGCAGCGUCCAUAGUGUGGAUCCAUAUGGUUUUGAAAGACCAGCUGACUUUGACUAUGAAACCUAUGAAGAAUUCUUUUCUAGAUACUUAGUGGUACUCACUCGAAGAGCAAUUAAGUGGUCCAAACUUUUAAAGGGAAACACAAGGGUGCAGAAAAACAUAAAAGUUAAACGCUACAUCAGAAAAGGCAUUCCAAAUGAGCACCGUGCCGAAGUCUGGAUGGUAGUGAGUGGUGCUCGCUCUCAUAUGGACCACAAUCCAGGCUACUACCAGAAAUUAUUGGAAGGAGACCAAAACAGCAAACUCAUAGAAACUAUUAUGACAGAUAUCAAUAGGACAUUUCCAGAUAAUAUAAAGUUCCGCAAAUCUGCUGUUCCCUGUUUACAGAAAACACUCUACAAUGUAUUAGUAGCAUAUGGGCACCAUAAUCCAUCUGUGGGAUAUUGCCAGGGCAUGAAUUUCAUAGCUGGAUACUUGAUUCUUAUUACAAGGAAUGAGGAGGAAUCGUUUUGGUUAUUAGAUGCACUCAUUGGCCGAAUAUUACCUGAUUACUAUAGUCCCGAAAUGAUGGGCCUGAAAACAGAUCAAGAUGUUCUUGGAUACCUUGUGAAAAUGAAGAUUCCAGCUGUGGCAGAAUUAAUGGAAAAACAUGGCAACUUGUGGACUUUGGUGGCAUCCCGUUGGUUUAUAUGUUUGUUCAUUGACAUUCUUCCAGUAGAGACUGUGCUCCGAAUUUGGGACUGUUUGUUUUAUGAAGGAUCAAAAAUAAUCUUUCGCGUGGCCUUAACAUUAAUUAAACAACAUCAAGAUUUCAUUUUGGAAGCUACAAAUUUUCCUGAAAUCUGUGAAAAAUUUAAGCAGAUUACUACAGGACCAUUUGUAACCGAGUGUCACAUAUUUAUGCAGAAAAUAUUUACAGAACCUGGAAGUCUGCGAAUGACUACAAUAAACAAAGUACGAGAUAUGUGUAGAGCAAAUUUGACUGCUUCAGUAUAAACGAACAUUCCUUCACUUGCUCAGAUACAAUUUUUCUCAGGCUGCCAUUGACACUUCACUAAUUAGCCCCAGCCUUUCAUGUGUUCAAUGGGAUUUUUUUUUAUUAAAAAAAAGCACAAACACUUUAGUUAUUAUGUAAAUAAAAUGUAAUGUAGAUGUAAUCCCUUUUCAACAAAUGGACUAUAUAUUUUCAGACAUUUUUGUAAUAACAGAAUACAAAACUAUAUAAUAAAGUAUAUUUGAAGCUAUCAUUUUUUGAAUUGUAACCAUGUUAAGGCUCUGGACUUUUAAGUAGAGAUCCUUGUUUAGAAAACAAGUACUCCAUUUAAUCUCUUUUUUUAAAAACAGCAUAUCUACCUUUACCUGUUGUCUGGCUCAGCUAAAUGAGAUUAAUAUUUUAUUUAUAUGCAUACACACGCUUAUGUUCUGAAUAGUGAACCUUGAUAGAAUCAAAAACACCAGGAGUUACACCUUACAGCAAAUUAGAAAACAUUUUUUAUGUUUCUUUCUACUUUUGUGCAUGCAACUGUAGUGAGCAAAAUGCUUCAUGUGAAGGUGUGCCCUGAAUAAUCUGCUUCAUCCCAGAACUGUCAGUUGUACAACAGCUGUAGUCUCCUAUGUACUCCCAUGAGCUGCUAAUGGGUAGUUAUUUUAUCAAGGAAUAACCAAGUUAUUUUUUCCUCUUAUUCAAUCUACUAUUUUGUAACAUUUUAGCUUGCUGUGGCAUUGUAGGGGAAUCUCUAUGGAUAAAUCUAUAGCAAACACAAGGUCAGGUCCAGGUGUUACAAGGAAAUUCCAUAAACACAGACCUACUCGUUUAAGGGUAAAUUCCUCCACCCCCCACAAAAGGCAAAAAAAAAAUCAACUAUGCAAGGACUGAAGGAAGAUUAUUUGAAAUACAAAACACGGAUUAAUAUUUUAGGCUUAUAGUUACAACUAAGAAUCUGAGGUAAGAGAGUUAGCCUCCAAACUUUACAAACAAAUUUACUUCAAAAUCAAAGCAGCUUUGUAAUUGCUUAAAAGAACACUGCGGAACAUACAGAAAAGUCUUUAUUAGCAUUGUUACAGGCAAUGCAUUCAUAACUGAUCCUUGCAGUGUACAGUCCCAGCCAGAGUCAAAGCAAGAAUUAGCAGAUUGAAAUUUAUUGUACACAUGUGCAGAAACAGGAUCUCCUUUGAACUUCCAACAAAAGAGACUGAAAUUCACUU